AAUGCAUGGUCUCUGAGAACUUCUGUACCCACGAGUCCGACCACGGAUUGAAUUUUUUUUUUUGACGCCAUUGUUGUGUUCACCGGAAGUGCUCUGCUCGGGAGGUGGGACUUCUUGUGCCACGUUGAUGGAGACCAGUGGAGACGUGGAAUUCUCCCUAUGUGCAACCGGGACAACCGCUAACACCGACCAGGGAUCUUUGGACAACCCAGAAAGGCGAACUUUAGAAUACUGACUGAGAUUUCCACCCCGAUUUGGACGGUUUGAAUGAGUUUGUGCAUGCUCCACAGAGAAGGAUGAAGCUAAAAGAGAUAAACCGCACCGCCAUCCAGGCUUGGAGCCCGGCUCAGCACCACCCGAUUUACCUGGCUGCAGGAACUUCUGCUCAACAGCUUGAUGCCACCUUUAGCACCACCGCCUCGUUGGAGAUCUUCGAACUGGACCUGGCCGAGCCUGAUUUGGCCAUGAAGUCAUGUGGUUCCUUUUCCUCACCCCACAGAUACCACAAGCUGGUUUGGGGACCGCAUGGCAUGAGCGACGAGAGCCUGCCCUCUGGAGUGCUCAUCGCUGGAGGAGAAACUGGUAACAUAAUUCUCUACGAUCCCUCCAAGAUCAUGGCUGGCGACAGCGAAGUGGUCAUCACUCAGAGCGACAAACACACCGGACCCGUCCGAGCGCUAGACAUCAACUCGUUUCAGACAAAUCUGGUUGUGUCUGGAGGUAAUGAGUCGGAGAUCUACAUUUGGGAUUUGAACAGCUUAAGUACCCCAAUGACCCCAGGGCCAAAGUCACAGCCUCUCGAGGACAUUAGCUUUGUAGCAUGGAACUGCCAGGUGCAGCACAUCCUUGCCUCAGCCGGCCCCAGUGGCAGAGCCUCCAUCUGGGACCUCAGGAAAAAUGAUCUUAUUAUCAAAGUCAGCGACCACAGCAACAGGAUGCAUUGCUCUGGUCUGGCGUGGCACCCAGAUGUCGCCACUCAGUUGGUGUUAGCUUCUGAAGAUGACCGAAUGCCUGUCAUUCAAAUGUGGGAUCUGCGCUUUGCUACUUCCCCUUUUAAAGUCCUAGAGAACCACACGAGGGGUGUUCUGGCUAUCGCUUGGAGUUUGGCUGACCCCGAGUUACUGCUGAGUUGUGGGAAAGAUAACCGAAUCCUCUGCUGGAACCCCAACACUGCUGAGCUCCUAUAUGAGCUCCCGAGCUCUCAGUGGUGCUUCGACAUCCAGUGGUGCCCCAGAAACCCAGCUGUUUUGUCUGCUGCUUCUUUCGAUGGACGUAUAAGCAUCUACUCAAUCAUGGGAGGCAAUAAUGAUGCUGUCAGUAGUGCCCAGGCUGAUCAGAUAAGUUCGUCGUUCGCCAACAUGGAUCCCUUUGGCACAGGUCAGACGUUACCCCCACUGCAGCUGCCCCAAUCCGCCACCACUAACAGCACUGUCACACCACUGAAAAAACCACCCAAAUGGAUCCGUAGACCAGUGGGAGCUUCCUUUGCUUUUGGUGGUAAACUUGUCUCGUUGGAAAACGUCAAACCGACACCACAGCAACCCCAGCAGCCCACUGCCCACGUCGUCCACGUCAGCCAGGUCGUCACAGAAACCGAUUUUUUGGAUCGCUCGAACCUACUUCAGGCCACGCUCACUGCCGGAAACUUUGUGGAAUUUUGCCAGAGGAAGGUCGAAUCUGCGCAGAACGAGUUUGAGAAGACUAUCUGGGCUUUCUUGAAGGUCCACUUUGAAGACAAUGCCCGGGGGAAAUACUUGGAUCUUCUUGGAUACAAGAAAGAGGAACUUGCACUGAAGAUUGCUUCAGCAUUAGAAAAGAAGGACGUUAAGUCAGGUGAUGGCAGCGAGAGUUCCUCCACUUCGGUUCUGGAUCCCACCACCGCACCCGAUUGUACUCCUACUCUUGGGCAACCUGAAAUCGGCUUGACUCCAACGGAUGAGUUAGACAUUGUACCCCAGACGGACUUUACUGUACCUGUUAACGGUCAGCCAGAAUCUGAGCUGGAUCAGGGUGCUGUGCCGUUGGCUGAAGAAGAAUCCAAUGCAAAUAAAGAGGAACCAGCUCUGCCAGAGGAGGUGGAGGAGAAUGGAGACAUCACGACAGACGAUGCCCCUGCAGCUGAGGAGAGCUCGGAGUUUGCAGAGAUUCCAGUUGUUGAAGAGAAACCUGUUCAGGAGGUGCCUUCUAACAUCAAAGUUAACCGAGAUGUAGAUGGACUGAUCACCCAAGCGCUCCUUAUUGGGGACUUUGACAGUGCUGUCAACUUGUGUCUCCAUGACAACCGGAUGGCCGAUGCAAUCAUCCUUGCCAUCGCCGGAGGGCCGGAGCUUCUCGAAAAGACGCAGAAGAAAUACUUGACCAAAACCCAAAGCAAAAUUAGUAAGAUCAUCAGUGCCGUGGUUAUGAGGGACUGGCUGAACAUACUCGAGACAUGUGAUAUUCAGAACUGGAAGGAGGCCCUGGCUGCAGUCAUGACUUAUGCCAAACCUGAGGAGUUUUCCUCCUUAUGUGGACUCCUGGGCUCCAGGUUGGAGGCUGCAGAAGAUUCUGCUCUACAAGCACAGGCGUGUUUGUGUUACAUCUGUGCUGGUAGUGUCGAGCAGCUGGUGUCUUGCUGGUCCAAAGCACAGGAUUCUAGCAGCCCUCUCUCACUGCAGGACCUGGUAGAAAAAGUGGUGAUCCUGCGGCAGGCCGUGGAGAAGACUCACGGUGGAGUGACCCCAGCUGUGGGCACCCUGUUGGCAGAAAAGAUGAGUCAGUACGCCAGCUUGCUCGCCUCCCAGGGCAGCCUGCAAACCGCCAUCUCCUACCUGUCCACUACCACUGACCAGGAUGUAGUGCUGCAGUUGCGAGAGCGCCUGAGCAGAGCGCUGGGUCAGCAUGGAGCAGCACCUGUCCAGAACAGACAUCCAGUGGCUCCAGCUGUUGUUCCUCAACAAGCUUACACACCAGUGCAACCUCAACCUCAACCAUUGCCUCCUCAGCCCACUCCUUCUGCUCCGACACAACAGUAUUAUCAACAGGUUAGGGCUGCCUCUACUGUCACUUCCUGGAGUAACCAAACCCCAACCGCUCUGCCCAGUGCCCCUCGUCCGCUACCCCCCGCCCAAGACCUGCAGGCUGAACCAAAACCACCAGCCUUCCCUAUGCAGGCUCCAGUAAGCGCAAGUCCUGCUGCCUCCAGUUCAUUCAUGUACUCACAGCAGUACCAGAGCUACCCCCAAGUCCAGCAGUUCACACCUGGAGCUGGGGGACCAGCAAUCUAUCAACCUCUCCAGUACUCCUCUUCUACAUCCGCUCCUCUUCCUCAUCCACCUUCAUCUUCAGCCGCUUCGGCUCCCUUCUUCCCCUCUCAGUAUAUGCCUCCUGCUUCAUCUCAAGCUGCACCACCACCCUCCUUCCCCCGAGCUCCUUUCUCUGCAAGCCAGCAGGCUCCUUCUGUACCUCCUCUCUGCUCCACCUCUUCCUUCUCUCCUCCUCCUUUCUCCUCGGGAGUCUCGUUCCAGCACGGCGGGCCGGGUUCUCCCACUGCCUUCCUCCCGCCUCCACCAACCGGAGCCUCAGGUACUCAGGCUGAGCCCGACAUGAUCGCAGCUUCCCAGAGAACAGAAGGAAUGACUCAAGAUGCAUCCUGGGUUUUGGAAGGGCCCCAAAAUGGCUGGAACGAUCCUCCCGCUCUCAUCCGAGGACACAAGAAGAAGAAGGUCCCAGUAAACUACACUCCUCCCGCCCCGAUCACCGCUCCUAUCAUGGCUCCGUUUGGAGAGCCUCAGCCUGUAGCCACCAUGCAGUCUUCUCUUCAGCCUCAGCAGCAUCCUCCACAGUCAGCUGGUGUUCCUGCUCCUUUCAGUCCUAUUCAACAGUCGUCCCUGGCUCCUGCGCUCAGAAACCCUGCCAUGCCCAGCAUGCCUGUGGAGGGGGCACCAGGGGCACCUACUGGGGAUGUCAUACAGCCAAUGCAGUCCCUCCCUACUGAGAAGAUCACGAAGAAGCCCAUUCCAGACGAGCACCUCAUCCUCAAGACUACAUUCGAGGGCCUGAUCCAGAAGUGCUUGGCUGCAGCCACAGAUCCUCAAACCAAGAGGAAGUUGGAUGAUGCAGGCAAGAGAUUAGAGUCCCUUUAUGACAAACUGAGAGAGCAGACUCUUUCUCCAGCCAUCGUGAGCGGCCUGCACAACAUGGCACGGAGCAUCGAGUCCCGCGCCUACGCCGACAGCCUCAACAUCCACACGCACAUCGUCAGCAACAGUAACUUCAGCGAGACCUCUGCCUUCAUGCCAGUCCUGAAGGUGGUGCUAACACAGGCUAACAAGCUGGGCGUCUGAUGUUACACGCAUGAUGCGCACCAGUAUUCCCAGUAUUCCCGCAACUCCAACACAAGCCAUCAGUCAAUAAGGACCAACUCGUAUUGACAUGCUUCGCCAUUCUUAAACCUGGAGUAGAGCUAUUCCAGUUUACAGGCGUUCUUUGCUUCUUCUUUUUCUUUUCAUUUAUUUUUUAGGUAGAUUUUUGGUCUUGUAUAUGAUUUUUGUUGCCAUUAUUUCAUGUGUAAUUGUGGCAGAGCAGAGUGCAAUGGGGGCAUUUCCCCCUUUUUGUGUUUUUUUUUUUUUUUUUUUUUUUUUUGAGUCACUGCAUGUUUUUUGGGCAACUCAUAGGAUUCACAGCCUGGAAAAAUCUAUCACAUGUCGGACGCAACUUCUCAGAUAUUUGCUAAUAUGUCAUUGAGCUCUGGCUCAUCAUUUUAGAUUUUUUUUUUUUUUUUUUUUGUAAGAAUUUUAGGCUUUCGCUUUUGUGUGCUGAUUAGAAGCCUUGCCAUUUCAGUGAUGCUCAAUGCAAUACCUUGAAAAAGAAAAGAAAAAAAAAACGAUGUAAUUGCAUUUUAUCUGUUUACCAGGAUUUAUAUUCUGUCUUGGUAACAAGGAAAUAUUUUCAAUAAAUGUUAUUUAUUUAAAUCUUUUAAGAUUUGAGUUAAUCAGUACAUAUACAACAUUUAGCAAACCAAGGCAGCCUAGUUUUACGGCUGUCUAGUUUUACCUCCUUCGGUAGUCAUUUUGAAGACUUGAUGCCACAAUUAGAAUGUCUGAAACGCUUUCGUAACUAAAGUGUCUCAGCCAGCUGUCGCAGAAUUUGUGGAAAGAAAGUGAUUGACUCAUCUGUAGUUCUUGUUUUACACCAGGAAAGGAAAUAUAAUUUUAGUGCUAGUUCCGUGUCUCCUUACAUUCAAAGGUUUGACAUUUCGGUCAUGUCCCCUUAAAUGUUUUAGGUACAACACUAAGGACGAUCUCACGAAGAGAAAUUCAGCCACUGGUAACGUCAGUCUAAUCAUUCUCACCACUCCUGUUCCACUCUUUCUUUUUUUUUUUUUUUUUUUUUUUGUAUACAAAUUCUUUUCCCUAUAAUUUUGAGGGAGAAUCGAUGCACAAUGUUGAAAAUAACCAUUGUAAAAAAAUAAAAUUGGAGAAAGGUAUUGUGCUUUAAUGAAGUGGUCAAAUAAAAUGCUCAAUAUUUCUCA